AUGGGUUCCAAUCCACUCAGAGCGCCACCAAAACCAUUCAUCAAACGUGAAGUUAAAAGAGAACAUAAUCGUCAAAUACCUCCUGCACAAAAACAAAUUAUUGAUAAUCCAGCAGAUUAUAAAGAAUAUCCAUUAAGAGCUUGUACCCAGGAAGAAAUUGAAAAUGUUAAAACUCAUAUUUUAAAAUUUCAAUCAAAAUCCACUGUUGAUCCUGUAAACACUUUCACUAAACCAAUUAGAUUACAUCGUAAAGAAACCAAAAAUUUACAAUAUCAAUUAACAAGAGCUGAAAUUGAACAACGUCAAAGAGAAAAUGCUGAAGCUAAAAGAAUUGAAGCUGAAGAAAGGGCAAAAUAUUUAGAAGAAAAGGAAAAAAAUGGAAUUGUUAAAGAAAAAGCUGAUUUAUCUAAAGUUGCACCUGAACCAGUUAAAACUGAAGAAGAAAAGAAACAAGAAAAAUUAGAAAAACAACAAGCUCAAAUUGCUCCAGAUGGUGGUGCAAGAAAAAAACAAAAUCCAUUUCAAAGAAAAACAAGACAAAUUAAAGCUGUUGAUGAAAAUACUAAAAAAUUAAGAUAUGAAGAAUAUUAUCCUUGGGUUAUGGAAGAUUUUGAUGGUAAAAAUACUUGGGUUGGUAGUUAUGAAGCAGGUUCUUCAGAUGCUUAUGUUCUUUUAAUUCCUGAUGGUGAUGGUUUCAAAAUGAUGCCAGCUGAUAAAGUUUAUAGAUUUACUCCAAGAAAUAAAUAUUCAACUUUAACAUUAGAAGAAGCUGAAGCAAGAAUGGAAAAAUCUAAAACUCAACAAAUACCAAGAUGGUUUAUGAAACAUCUGGAUGAAAAAGAACAAAAAUUAACAAGAUUUGAACGUACAAAGAAAAAAUUGAAAACUGUUGUUGGUACAAGUGGUGAAGGAGGUGAUGAAAAUAAUAAUAGAAGAGAUGAAAAUGAUGAUCUUGAUUAUGAUGAAGAUUUUGCAGAUGAUGAAGAAGCUCCAAUUGUUGAUGGUGAUGAAGAAGAAAAUAAAGAAAGUGAACGUAAAAUUAAAAUGGAAAUGAGAUCUGCAAAUGCUAUGGGUUUACAUGAUGAAGAAGGUGGUGAUGAUGAAUAUGAUGAUUUAUUUGAAACAAGAAAAGUUGAUAAAGAAGGUGAAAGAUUACGUAAAGCUUUAAAUAAAACUGAUAUGACUGGUAUUUAUGAAUCAGAUGAUGAAAUUAAUCCAUAUUUAAAUGAAUCUGAUUUAGAAAUUGAUGAAGAUUCAAAUAAUGAAGAUAAUGAAGGUAAUGAUUUAAAUAAACAAAAUUCUCAAGAACCAAAUUCACCAAAUUCUAAAACAAAUAAAAGUCCAACACCUGGAAGAACUAUUAAAGUUAAAUCUAUAAAUCAUGGUAUUGUUACAUUAUCUGCAUUACCAUCAAUAUUGAUUAAAUUUCCAAAAGGUGAAUGGAAUCCAAAUGCAAAGAAAAGAACAGUUAUUGAUCCAAGUUCAGAUGAUGAAAGAUCACAUAAAAGAAUUAAAAUUGAAGAUGAUCAAAAACAUUUACCAAAAAGAUCAACAUCACCAAAUGUUAAACAUGAAGAUACAGAUGCAGAUAUUAUUCAAGUUCCUUCAGAAACUGAUGUUGAUUUAUUAACUGAACAAGAUAUAAUUGAAAUUGUAUCAAAAGAAAAAUUAACUGCAAAAGAAUUAAUUCAUAAAUUAAAAUUUAAAUUAUCAAAGCAUCCUGAUAAUAAAAAUAGAAUUAAAACUUUAGUUAAACAAUUAUUGAAAAAUCAAGAUGGAUUUUUGGUUUUGAAAUAA